GUAGCGCCGUGAGGGAAGCGCCGUGAAGGAAGCGCCGUGAGGGAAGCGCCGUGAGGGAAGCGCCGUGAGGGAAGCGCCGUGAGGGAAGAGCUGGGACCGCCGGGUCCGCCGGGUCCCGAUCCCGGUUUCGGUCCCGGUUCUCCUCUCCCCAUCCCGGUUCCCCCGUCCCGGCCGCGCCAUGGAUUGUUACACGGCCAACUGGAACCCGCUGGGCGAGGAGACCUUCUACCGGAAGCUGGAGCUCUACUCCAUGGAAUGGGGGCUGCGGGAGGACCUGCGUGACUGCGUGGUGGCAGCUGCCCCCUAUGGGGGUCCCAUAGCUCUGCUGAGGAAUUCCCGGCGGGACAAGACCCCCGGUGCCCGCCCGCUCCUGGAGAUCUACACGUCCUCAGGGCUGCUCCUGGCCAGCGUCCCGGUGAGCCGGGAGGGGACGGACAGCCCGGGUUUGGGGACAGACAGCCCGGGUUUGGGGACAGAUACCCCGGGUUUGGGGACAGACAGCCCGGGUUUGGGGACAGACAGCCCGGGUUUGGGGACAGACAGCCCGGGUUUGGGGAGGGGGGAAGAGGGA